AAUUGGUUCACAACGUCACGUAAUUGGGCGGCUCGCAGUUUCCGGCACGCGUACUCCGUGCAGAAAGCGACAACGACCUUCACAUCAUCCCCAGAAAAAACAGACAUAUGUCAACGAAUCUGUUUCUCGAUAUGCCCCAGGAAACCAUUGUAUAAUUACAAUUAACUCAACUAUGCUAAAACCCCCACAAAAACGAGUCCUUGGCGACGCUACACUCAGCCGUCACAAUGUACUGCCGAAGUCGCCCAGUACCGCAAAGAAGCGGAAGCUCGAAACCGACCAGCCAGCUAUUGGCAUUAAACCGUCUUCACAGACUGGCAACCGGAAGCUAAUAUCCUCAGGCCCUCGUCAAUCGCAGAAGAAAAGCCAGUUCGAGGAGGAAGUCUUGGAGAAAUUGACACAGGACAUUUCAGGACUGAAGGAGAGCAACUCGGAAAAAGACCAGCAGUGGGCUCGACCAAGUUUAGAUAAUUUUGAUGCAGCGCGAGACACUCUUUGCUUCCAGCAAAUUGAAGUGGAGGAAGGGACGCUAGGAGGUGGAAAGCCUGCGGUGAAGCUUUUCGGGGUUACUGAGGCUGGCCAUUCGGUUCUCUUACAUGUUACCCAUUUUCUACACUAUCUCUAUGUGGCUGCUCCUGUCUCAUUUGCUCCAACAGACUGUGAAGGAUUUAAGGCGUAUCUUGAAAAGGAAAUCGAUCUUCAUCAGCCAGCUUUACAUUCAGUACAGAUGGUAAUGAGAGAAAACCUUUUCGGAUUUCAGGGAAACCAGAAAAGUCCCUACUUGAAAAUCACAGUGACAGAUCCGCGACAUAUCAACAAAUUGCGAACGCUGAUUGAAACCGGCCAGGCGAAUUAUAAAGGCAUGUGGAGAGGUAAUGAUGAUGGGAUUUUGACCUUUGAUAAUAUAGAAUAUAUUUUACGGUUUAUGAUUGAUACAGGGAUAUCGGGCAUGUCUUGGGUCGAGGCGCCGGCUUCCAAAUACCACAUGCUCCCAAUGAACGAAAGGUUGUCGAAUUGCCAAAUAGAAGCUACGAUUCAUUACCGUGAUCUUAUUGCUCAUCCCAACGAUGGCGAAUGGGCAAAAAUGGCACCGCUCCGAAUCCUUUCCUUCGAUAUAGAGUGCGCUGGUCGCAAGGGUGUGUUUCCUGAGGCCAACCAAGACCCGGUAAUUCAAAUCGCGAAUGUCGUUACACGUUAUGGGGAGUCAAAGCCAUUCGUUCGAAAUGUGUUCGUCUUGGACACAUGUAGCUUAAUUGUCAAUACCCAACUUUUCGAGUUUGACGCAGAGGAAAAAAUGCUGAUGGCCUGGAGAGACUUCUUGGAGGAGGUUGAUCCGGACGUUAUCAUCGGAUACAAUAUUGCUAAUUUCGAUUUCCCCUACCUUCUUAAACGAGCGGAACAUCUCAAAUGCUCAGGAUUCCACUUCUGGUCCAGACUGAAGCAUAUCGCUUCACGGGUAGGGGACGCAAGAUUUUCUAGCAAGCAAAUAGGCAACCGGGAGUCCAAAUCUACGAAUAUCAGCGGCAGAAUUCAACUCGAUCUCCUGCAACUUAUUCAGCGGGACUAUCAGCUGCGAAGCUACACUCUAAAUUCAGUAUGUGCGCAGUUUUUAGGAGAACAAAAGGAGGAUGUCCAUCACACUAUGAUUACAGAACUUUUUAAUGGAACGCCGGACUCGCGGCGACGGUUGGCUGUUUACUGCUUGAAGGAUGCAUACUUACCUCAGCGACUGAUGGAUAAACUUAUGUGUCUUGUCAACUAUACUGAAAUGGCAAGAGUCACUGGCGUACCUUUCAACUUCCUGCUUUCCCGCGGACAGCAAGUCAAGUUUCUUAGCCAACUGUUCCGCAAGGCUCUCGAACAACAAUUGGUUAUUCCCAAUUUACGGAACGAGUCGACUAGCGAACAGUACGAAGGAGCCACCGUCAUCGAGCCUAUUAGAGAUUAUUACGAUGUUCCGAUAGCAACCCUUGAUUUCGCAUCCCUAUAUCCUAGUAUUAUUCAAGCACACAACCUGUGCUACACGACUCUUCUAAAGAAGUCAACCAUCGACACACACCAAAUGAAGGAAGGAGAAGACUAUAUCGUGACUCCAAACGGGGAUAGGUUCUGCACCUCAAAAGUCCGCAAAGGGCUCCUGACUCAGAUCUUAGAAGAACUUCUUGGUGCAAGAAAACGCGCAAAGAAGGAGCUUGCUGUGGAAACGGACCCUUUCAAAAAGGCUGUCUUGAACGGACGACAACUUGCUCUUAAAAUCAGUGCGAACAGCGUUUACGGCCUGACUGGUGCUACUGUUGGCAGACUACCCUGUUUGCCUAUCGCCAGUAGCACGACUAGUUACGGCCGCCAGAUGAUUGAGAAAACUAAGGAAGAGGUAGAGGCUAAAUUCACCAUCGCCAAUGGGUAUUCUCACGAUGCUAAGGUCGUGUAUGGUGAUACUGACUCCGUCAUGGUUAAAUUUGGAAUGCAAGACCUUGCUGAAGCAAUGAAGCUUGGGCGGGAGGCAGCUGAUUUUGUUUCAGCUAAGUUCAUUAAGCCGAUUAAAUUGGAGUUCGAGAAGGUGUAUUUCCCAUAUCUCCUCAUCAACAAGAAACGCUACGCAGGUCUCUAUUGGACGAGACCAGACAAGUAUGAUAAAAUGGAUACCAAGGGCAUUGAAACCGUUCGCCGAGACAACUGCCGUAUGGUACAGACAGUUAUCGAAACUGUCCUUAGGAAAAUCCUCAUUGAUCGAGAUGUCGGCGCUGCCCAAAGUUACGUGAAGGAUACGAUCUCUGAUCUCCUUCAAAACAAAAUCGACAUGUCUAAACUUGUGAUCACGAAAGCCCUCUCUAAAAAGGAUUAUACUGCGAAACAAGCUCAUGUCGAGCUAGCAGAGAGGAUGAAGAAGCGUGACGCCGGUUCUGCCCCAACGCUCGGCGACCGAGUUGCAUAUGUCAUUGUUAAAGGUGCUGGAGGUUCAAAAAAUUAUGAAAAAUCGGAAGACCCGAUCUACGUACUAGAAAACAAUAUUCCAAUAGACACGAAGUACUACCUUGAUAAUCAGCUCGCCAAGCCCCUCACGCGAAUCUUCGAGCCCAUCCUUGGCGAGAAGAAGGCCGGCCAGUUGCUCACCGGGGAGCACACUCGAUCCAUCUCCGUCGCGGCCCCGACGCUGGGCGGCCUGAUGAAAUUCACCAAGAAAACACAAACGUGUAUGGGUUGUAAGAAGCCCCUUACUGGGAAAGAAGGCGCCGAGGGCGCUGUUUGUGAGAACUGUCGCCCACGCCUCGGCGAGCUCUACACUAAAACCCUUACGAGAGUGUCUGAUCUGGAAGUGCGGUUUGGCCGCCUGUGGACGCAGUGUCAGCGAUGUCAGGGCAGUUUGCAUUGUGAGGUUAUCUGCUCGAGCAGGGACUGCCCGAUAUUCUACAUGCGGAUGAAGGCGAAGAAGGAUGUUGAGGACGCUGAGAAGGAGUUGGCACGCUUUGAUCACGAUCUGGGGGCCUGGUAGGUGAGUGGGAUAUAGGUAAUAUGUUAUCUCUCUAUUCAUCGGUCACUUGAAUUUAUGCUGGCAUUACAUCGGGAAUAAAUCAUCCUGGAUUGGCUUGCUUGGUUUUACGACAUGUACGCAUUGUGUAAAAUGUGAAGGGAUCCUGGCUUUUUGCGUCUAUAUUUUUGUUUAUUGUUUUUAUGAGCAUUGUGGCAGGCAUAUGCUGCAUGUACGUCUACUAAUGGUAAUGGUAUUUUAUAUAUUCUCUCUUGAAUAUUUUCUUUUCUUGCCUGUUCUUGUCCAUAUUCAUCUUUGAUGACGGCCAAAUAGUUAGCUAUCUGUACCUCAUGUUCUUGGCACGGUCGGGCCCUUCUCCCCUCCUUCAAAAUUUCUGUACCAUCACUCUCUCGCUCCUUAUUUUUUAUCUCCCAACUCCUCAUUCUGGGCUGUUACCCUUCUUGGCUACGUAUCUACCGCAGGUACGUACACCUAUAAAAAGCACCAAUAACCUUAUCCCAUGCAUCGCAGUUACCUGCGAAAAUGACGACAUUUUUGGCCUGUCAGCGUGAAGCUGUUUACUAGCUUUCUACUUCUGCGACAUCCUAUUUUAUCCAUUCUAAAUAUACUUACAGUUUUCGAAACGCAUCCACCUCCAGAUAGUUUCUAUGAACUUAAAUAUCCCACAUGCGAAAACUUUACGACAGAGUUCGUGGUUUUGGCUACAAAAGUAGUAGAAAAGAAAAGUUAAAAUAAAUUUGCUAGAUGAAAUUCAAGAUUUUUGAAUACAUCUACGAAAUACAUGCGACACAAAUAUGAGAAACCAAGAUAGCAAUCCACCUUACUUUCCUCGG